UGACAUCUUACAUCGAUCAGCUACUUACAUUUCCAAUUAGCGUGCGGCAGCAUCACGUUUCUUCCACCGCUUUCUCAUCUCUGUCAUCAUUCAUCGAUCAGCUUGAGCUGCCUGCAGCACUAUCUCAGCUCUCCUCGACCUAAUCGCGUUGCCUUUGACAAAGAAGCGAGGAGGCGGAGGAGGAGGAGGAGGAGGAAAGGAAGACUUCCGCCAUGGUGCUUCCUUUUCUGGUGCAUUCCACCGCAUCAACAACCCACCCACACAAAGGCAGGCGCACCUCGCUGCACUUGGAGAGAUCAACGGGGUGGUUGUUGUGAUGAUCUCUCGAGUUUCUCUUCUACCACCGUUGGGAAGAGCUCACCGCAGCUAUUCAUUAUCAACAAUUGGACAGAGGAAAAGCUCAUUUCACAUAUCAUUGUACUGUGAAGAGAGAGAGAGAGAGAGAGAGAGAGAGAGGUGCAAAGUUAUUAUAGAAAAAGAUCGAGAGAAAAAGGAAAAGAAGGAUUCAUUUCCAGGGAGGGUCAGACUUGUUCUUAUUAUUGCUUGCUUCUUCUUCUGGAAAAUUCCGACGAUUCCGACUCGUACACACCACAUCGCCAUUGAACCCUUCCAGAAUAGCAUCGAAGAGUUCGGUUUCUCGCAUCAAAAAUUGGUUUUGGCCAUCCGAAGAAGCACGAGCGAGAGGAAGAGGAGGAAAGGUCGGACCUUUGCGCGGAUUACUCGAAGGCGUCGCCUGAUUGGCGAUCGGUUCUGGUGUAAAGGUUGUUCCUUUUGGGUGUUUGAUCUUGAAAGUUGAAACCACGAGGUUUCUUUCGGCCUCUCGGUCAGAUGGGGACUUCGUGGCUCAUUUGAAAAUGGAGCGGAUCGAUCGAGGUUGUGGAUGAGGAGGUGGUUUCUUGGUUGAUCUUUCGAUGGAAGGAUGCUAUUUGCCCUAAUCUUGAAGGGGCAAGGAUGCUUUGACUUCCCGAUCUGGUGGUGGUGUUUGGCUGAUAGGGAUGGAAGGCUCUCGGGGGAGCUCGAAUUCCCCUCCCCCGUUCCUCACGAAGACGUACGAGAUGGUGGACGACCCGUCGACGAACUCCAUCGUUUCAUGGAGCCCCUCUAACACGAGCUUCGUCGUGUGGAAUCCGCCGGAGUUUGCUAGGGAUUUGCUCCCCAAGUAUUUUAAGCACAACAAUUUCUCCAGCUUCGUCAGGCAGCUCAACACUUAUGGUUUCAGAAAAACAGACCCUGAUCAAUGGGAGUUCACAAAUGACGAUUUCAUACGAGGACAAAGGCACCUCUUACAAAACAUUUACAGACGCAAGCCGGUGCAUAGCCAUUCGCUGCACAACCAAGGCAACACUUCGGAAGCUGAAAGACAGGAGCUUGAAGAGGAAAUUGAGAGGCUUAAGCAAAAAAAGGGUACACUAUUGAGUGAGUUUCAGAAGCAGACACAGCAGCGGCAUGGAAUGGAGCACCAAAUGCAGUCCUUAGAGGAUAGAUUGCAGGUUUUGGAAAACCGACAGAGAAGCCUCAUGGACUUCUUGGCACAAAUCAUACAGAAACCCGGGUUCCUUUCUAACAUUGUACAAUUCUCUGAUCUUCGUAGCAAGAAAAGGAGAUUGCCAAAGAUCGAUUUUCUAGGUGAGGAUGCUAUAAUGGAAGAUAACCAAAUCGCGUCUUUUCAGCCUGUUGCAAGAGAAAAGUCUGACAUUCUUCCUAUGUAUGCACUCGACAUGGAGCCAUUUGAGAAGAUGGAAUCAUCGUUGAAUUCAUUGGAAAAUUUCUUCAAAAGUGUUAGUCAAGCUUCUGGUGACGAUGUCUGCUAUGAUAGUAUCGUGCCAUGCCUGCCCUCUAAUGUGAUUCUUGAUGAGAUGAAUGCAUCAUCCGGGGAGACUGAUGUGAAUCUGCAAUUGCUGUUUCCUAAACUGCAUCCUCCUUCACCUUGCCCGGGAGAUAUUCAUUCAUCUCCAGAGGUAGCAGAAUCCACUAGUGAUGCAGAAACGUCUGUUAUUCCUGCAACCGAAAUACAAACAGAUUCACAAAGCAAGGUUUCUAAGAUAGACAUGAAUUUAGCACCUGCUGCCAUAGAUAUUGAUUCGUCAAGAGGUCAAACUACCGGAACUGUGGCACAGACAGGGGCAAAUGAUGUGUUCUGGGAACAGUUUCUUACGGAGAUCCCAGGUUCUUCUGAGACAAAGGAAGUCCAGUCAAAAAGAAGAGAUUUAGAUGACAAACAAAGUCAAGGAGAGAUGGGAGAGCGAGGAAACACAUGGUGCGACAGGAAAAAUGUUGAUCACCUUGCAGGAAAGAUGGAAAAUCUCACUUCAGCAGAUUAAACUUGAUGUUUGUAUCUCUUUUCUUUAGUUUUUAAUGUGUUACAACCUAUAUGUGAUCUGAUAGUGCGACAUAACUUACGGUGGUCAUGUAUGAUAAACUUGUUAUGUUGUCGGUUCAUUCCUUUUA